GAACAAGCAAGCCGAAAUACGAAAAAAAACAUACAGAAAACUUUAAUUAUCGUUGCAGAAAGCAAGGGGAUAUGGCAUGGACAUUCAUAGCGAAGUAUAAACCUCAUCUAAUAAUGUUUCUAACUCAGAUUGGUUAUGCAGUUGUGUAUUUCUUUACUGAAGCUGCCUUCAGUCGAGGGUUGAAUCCGCAUAUAUACGUCGCUUAUCGGUUUUGCCUAGCUGCCUGCCUCAUGUUUCCUUUUGCCUAUGUUCUUGAGAGAAAAUCAAGGCCGAAACUUACGUUUCGACUGUUCUCGGAGUUCUUUUUGCUUUCUCUCAUAGGAAACUGUGCUUCCCUUAACAUGCACUUUGCAAGUCUGAAAUACACUUCACCAACAUUUGUUGCGACUCUAUUCAACACUAUUCCUUCCUGGACUUUUAUAAUUGCCAUCAUACUCAGGAUGGAGGUUGUUGAUGUAAAGAACCCUCGUGGGAUAGCUAAGAUACUCGGAACCUUAACAGCCUUGGCAGGGGUAACUAUCAUCACUUUGUACAAAGGACCAGCAGUGCCGAGCUUGUGGUCUGCUCUGGUUCAUAUAAACAAACCUUCGGUUCAUGAGAACUGGGUUAAAGGACCGAUUCUAACGGUCGCGAGUUGUAUAACAUGGGCCAUUUGGUACAUUCUGCAGGCAAUUACUUUGAAGAAAUAUCCGACACAAGUGUCACUAGCAGCAUGGAUGAACGGCAUCGGGGGAGCACAAUCGGCAGUCUUGGCAGCUUGCUUGCAGCACAAGGCAUCGGCAUGGUCGAUCAAAAUGAUGAGUGUUAAUUUCUGGUCCAUUACAUAUUCUGGAAUAUGCUCUGCAAUUUUCGUUUGCCUGCAAAUUUGGUGCAUGAAAGAGAAAGGACCGGUGUUCGUCGCCAUGUUUAACUCUCUUCAAACGGUGAUGGUGGUGGUUCUAGCAUAUUUUGUUCUUGGUGAAAGACUAUACACAGGCAGCAUUGUUGGUGGAUUCAUGGUUAUCAUUGGCCUAUACCUGCUGUUGUGGGGCAAGAAUCGAGAACCGUCUUCAAACAAGAACCAAGAACAGUGUUCUUCACAUUGUAAUGAGAUAAUGGUUGCUGAUAAGGAGACAACUUCAGUGGGGGAAAGUGGAACCGCCAUGGUCCAUGGAGCAAAUAUAAAAAUAAAGUAACUUCCGGCAAACGAGGAAGAUAUGCCAUAGAAAAUCAACUUGAUUUACCUUUUUACUCAGAUAGUAAUAAUCAUUAGCUGGGUAGUGUUCCAACUUUUCAAUAUCAUUCUAGUCCAUUUUCACGGUAGUUUUGUUGUG